CGUCCCGCCUCCUUACAGCUGAAACACUCUGUGUGUCUCGUAUCGGGACCGGCUGCUGCUUCCUUUGAAGCUCCAUCUCUCUUCCUCCUCCCUACCGAUCAUCCCUCCUCUCUCUCUCCUGCUGUUCUCUCUCUCUCUCUCUCUCUCCUCCUCCACUCUCUCCUCCUCCUCUCUCUGGCUCUGUUGUCGGUUAGUGUUGUAGCUAGAAGGAGGAACAUGCAGCAUCCUGGAGGAACAUGCGUGGCGUUACCCAACGUGGACGCCUGUCCUCAGCUGUCCUGCGCCGCCCUCACCUUCAUGUAUUUACAGCAGGGUAACCAGGACACACCGGCCCCCCCGGACCCAUCCAUGGCCCAGGCUUACCCAUCAGCCCAGUUUGCCCCCCCUCCCCAGAAUGGCAUUCCAGCUGAGUUCACAACCUCCCACGCCCAUCCACAUCCACACUCCCACCCACAUCCACACCAGCACCCAGCAGCCCCACAGGACUACAGCGGGGUCCAGGCCUCCGUCAGCGAGCAUCCCCUCAACCUGUACCAGUCCUCACAGAGCCACGGCGAGCAGAGCGGCUCGGAGUCCGCCAGUCAGACAGUCACCGGCACGGCCACACAGACGGACGAUGCCUCCCAGACGGACAGCCAGCCACCAACACAGACUGCAGCUGAAAGCACAGACAUCAAGGCCCAGCCCAAGAGACUCCACGUCUCCAACAUCCCCUUCAGGUUCAGAGACCCGGACCUCAGGCAAAUGUUCGGCCAAUUUGGCAAAAUCUUAGAUGUGGAAAUCAUCUUCAACGAGCGAGGCUCUAAGGGUUUUGGGUUCGUAACGUUCGAGCAUAGCGUGGACGCCGACAGGGCCAGAGAGAAAUUACACGGCACCGUGGUAGAAGGCCGUAAAAUAGAGGUCAACAAUGCAACAGCCCGAGUAAUGACAAAUAAGAAGACUGUCAACCCAUAUGCAAAUGGCUGGAAGUUAAAUCCAGUGGUCAGUGCUGUCUACAGCCCAGAGUUCUAUGCAGUCCCAGGUUUCCCCUACCCAUCAGCCAGUGCAGCAGCAGCGUACAGAGGAGCCCACCUACGAGGCCGAGGCCGGACCGUCUACAACACGUUCAGGGCGGCCGCCCCGCCUCCUCACAUCCCAGCUUACGGAGGUGUUGUUUACCAGGAUGGAUUUUAUGGUGCAGAUAUUUAUGGUGGUUACGCUGCCUACAGAUAUGCCCAGCCUACUCCUGCCACAGCUGCUGCAUACAGUGACAGUUACGGACGAGUAUAUGCUGCCGACCCCUUCAACCACACACUCACUCCAGCAGCCACAUACAGCGUUGGUGCCAUGAAUGCGUUCCCCCCUCUGACGGACUCGAAGACUCGGAGCCAUGCUGAUGACGUUGGUCUGGUUCUGUCCUCCCUGCAGGCCAGUAUAUACCGGGGAGGCUACAGCCGCUUCGCCCCCUAUUAGCAACACCUCCACCCUGAACUCCACCUCCACGGGACAGACAUAAGUGUGUGUUUGUGUGUGUGUGUGUGUGUGUGUGUGUAUGUAUGUGUGAGUGUGUGUGUGUGUGUGAGUGACCUGUUAGCAACACCUCCACCCUGAACUCCACCUCCAACAGGACAGAAAUAAGUGUGUGUGUGAGUGACCUGUGAGCAACACCUCCACCCUGAACUCCACCUCCAACGGGAUAGAAAUAAGUGUGUGUGUGUGUGUGUGUGUGUGUGUGUGUGUGAAUGAGAAGACGAGUAUUGAUCGGAGACGUUACUGAGGCCUGGGUAUUGCAAUACAUGCAGUUUGUGCAUCAUUUCAGCAUCUCCUCAGAGAGAAGUUUAAAAAAAAUGAAUUAAUAAAUAAAAUGACAGC